AGGCUCCAGAACCCUCUGGUGCGAGAGUGCAUGGCUGAAUUCCUGGGAACUUUUGUCCUGCUGCUCUUUGGCUGCUCGGCUGCUGCUCAGGUGAAGACCAGCAGGGAAACUAAAGGCCAGUUUCUAUCGGUCAACAUGGCAUUCUCUGUGGGCGUCAUGUCGGCCAUGUACCUCACCAAGGGCAUCACUGGUGCUCAUCUGAACCCGGCUGUGACUCUGAGUUUCUGUGUGUUGGGCCAGGCGCCCUGGGGACGGCUGCUGCCCUAUUCCCUCUCCCAGCUGCUGGGGGCGUAUAUGGCAUCAGGGCUUGUCUUCCUAGUGUAUUAUGAUGCUAUAAUGGAUUUUAGUGGAGGAGUUCUGACAGUAUACGGUCCAAAUGAGACAGCAUCUAUAUUUGCCACAUAUCCUUCAGAUUACAUGUCUUUGGGUGGAAGUUUCCUCGAUCAGGUAGUGGGCACCGGCAUGCUGAUGUUGUGCAUCCUGUGUUUGAAUGAGAAGAGGAACACCCCCGCUCCCACAGAGUUAAUUCCUGCUAUAGUGGGGGUGAUUGUCCUGGGGAUCUCCAUGUCAAUGUCAGGUAACUGCGGCGCUGCAAUAAAUCCUGCUCGGGACUUGGGGCCGCGCCUCCUCACGCUGACUGCAGGCUGGGGCACUGAGGUCUUCACAUGUUACAACUACUGGUUCUGGGUUCCUCUGGUGGCCCCACUCAUCGGAGGUGUUUUAGGAAGUUUCAUGUACACGAUCUUCAUCAAGCUGCACCUGCCUGACCCAGACGACCUGGAUAACCACUCCACCAUCUCCACCAUCAGUGACAAAUGCAAGCAGCCUGCCACAACAUGGGAACAUGGAUUUGAGAUAAAAUCUGCACAUUUAUAA